UAGUUAGGACUAUAGUACCACUCUCAAACUUUUACAUUUAACGUAUAUAUUUUUAGAUGAUUCCGUCUCGACCAUAUUUUACGUAUAACUAAUUCGAAAUAUAGAAAACGUAUUUAUUACCUACAAACUUACGUUAAAACACUUCAUGUAGAUAUAUGUGUAUCAAAAGUGUCUGUAAUGAACGACAUUUGAACACGUUACGACGCUUCACUUGGCAUAUAACCAUAAAUUAUAAUUAAAUUGUUGAGGCGCAAAUAUAUGUCGAGAACAAAAGGUGCCAAUACAAAUUUGUAUUUUGUGGUACAUAUUUAUCACACUAUGAAGACAUAUCAUUUCUUCAUAAUUUUUCUGACAGCUGUAAUAUAUGCGCACGGUACGUUCGAUUUUUCUGAUACCUUUAGCAUACGCGCACGUUUCGAUUCGACAAUGAACAGGCAAUAUAUGUUAUGCGCCACCAAUAAAUGUAAAAACGCAGCUUUAGAGAUUUUAUCCACCUUUGAUCGUUCGGUCGAUCCGUGUGACAAUUUUUACAAAUUUGCUUGUGGCGGAUGGUUACAAACUAACCGAUCAAAUACAUCAUUUCCAGUAAUUAAUUUUUUCACAGUGCUCAAACAAAAAUUACACAAUCAGCUUCGAGAAAUUUUAAACGCAUCGUUUAAACCAACCGAUACUAUGUCUUUCAUAAAAGCGAAGCGUGUAUUCGCGCAGUGCAUGGAUAAAGAAAAUAAUAAAGCAUUCGGUAUGAGUAACUUGAACGCUAUUGUAAAUAGCUACGGCGGAUGGCCAAUAGUUAUGUCCCGUCAUGAAUGGAAUGAAAGAAAUUUGACUUGGCAAAAUGUUACUACCAAUUUGCAUAAAAAUAAAGUAUUAAACAUUGGUCUGUAUGAUAUAGAAGUAUCUGAAGAUUUAAAAAUGUCCAACAGUAACGCUAUCUAUAUUUUUGGACCUGCUCUUCCUUUUUCUCGAGACAAAAUAAUACUCAUAAACAACACUAAAUGGCGGAAAGAAAUGUAUAGAUCUACUAUCGUAAACGUUGCGCACAAUCUUAUAACAGAAAAUGGCGGAACAAGUAACAUGAGUAAACUUACUCAAGAUGCACUUGACAUCGUACAUUUUGAAGCGGAACUGGCUAAUAGCCGAUUGCAUCAAAUGACUAGUCUUCUUGUACUAUACUGCUUACAGUUGACAAGCACUGUAGACAGGAUACUUGAUACACUUACUUCGCUAACAAUCCAACAAUUGCAAGAAAAGUACGACAAGCAAAAUCCCGGAAUGAUAGGAAAGAUUGACUGGCACUCAGCCAUUCAGGAUUUAUUUGCAUCAGAAAGAAUCGCGAUAAAACCAUCUGAAAAACUCAUUGUUGUAGAGUAUGAAUAUCUUAUCAAUUUAGUACCGUUGUUAGAACGAACACCGUCACGUACUAUUGUUAAUUUUAUAAUAUGGAGUUUAAUUAGAAAGUUAACUGAUUACAUCAAACCACAGAAAUUGAGUGGCAUUGCUCGCGUCAUAAUAGGUGCAGACAAUAACCAGCUAGAAGAAGACGAUAAAAACUGGAUGCCAUGCAUUAACUCGCUCAACUUAGAUCAUGCUAUUUCGCAUGAAUAUGUCAAGAAAUACAUAUCGCUUGAUAACAUACAAGACAUCACAGAAAUAUAUACAAAUAUUAAAAGCGUCGUUCAUCAACAAAUAGGAAACGCCACAUGGAUGGAUGAGCCUACAAAAGAAGCGGCUGUCGAGAAACUUACGUCUAUGAAACACGAAUUUUUUAAGCCCGAUUGGUACAGCGACGAAGCUAUUGACAGAUAUUACGAAGACUUGAAUAUCGGUACGGAAUAUCUCGACAACAUUAUAAAUAUAUGGAAAUUCAAAUGGAAAAAAAUGAUAAACUCGUUAAGGACACCCGUAGACAACACAAAGUACAAACUUUAUGCAAUCGAGUUUGUUAUUAUAUGGUUAAGCCGACCGACACAACUGCAAGCCAAAUAUAAUAUGGUAUUCAAUAGCAUCGUUCUCACUGCUGCCUUAUUACAAAGUCCUGUAUAUGACCGAAAUCACAUUGCAUUAAUGAAUUACGGAAAGGUAGGACAUAUCAUUGGACAUGAAAUUAAUCACGCCUUUGAUGUCGACGGUCGUAACUUUGACAAAAAUGGAAACAUCAUGCAAACAUGGACACAAAAGUCUAUCGAUGAGUAUGAAAAUAUAACGCAAUGUUUUAUUAAACAAUAUAACAAGUAUCUGGUUCCAGGAUUGGAACGUGAGAAUAUUCAAGUGAACGGGCAACAGACGCUCGGAGAGAACACGGCGGAUGCUGCUGGAAUUGUUUCUGCAUAUUACGCGUACAAGAACAGAAAAGAAAGAUUGAAUGAAACAGAGUGGCGGCUGCAAGGACUUGAAGAUUAUAGCGAAGAUCAGAUCUUCUUCUUGGUGUAUGCUCAAUUUUUCUGUGAAAAUGCUCUGCCAGAAGAGAUACAAAAAAUCACUUCUGGCGUCCAUUCUGUGAAGGAAAUUAGGAUUCGCGGCAGCCUUUCAAAUUCUCGUGAAUUCUCCCAGAGUUAUAAUUGCUCUGUGGGAACUCCAAUGAAUCCGGAGAAGAAAUGUGCCCUUUGGUUCUAAACUGAAAAGACGUAAAUGCCACAUGCUUACAAAUUUUGAACGCGAUAUUUUUUUGUAUAGCAAACAUUUUAUAAUAUUUACAAUCAUUAUAUUUUUAGAUAUACACACUGACUUCUGCAAAAAAAUUAGCAUUUACGGUAUAGUAACGAUAUUUUUGAAGAGAAAAAAAUUGUAUAUUUAUAAACGUAUAAUUUUAGACACAUUUAGUAUAAGUUCAGACUAAAUGUAAGUGUAUAUUGUUUAGAUAAUUUACGAUCUCUCAAAGAAUAAAAAAACAAAAAUUACAAAACGGUAGAUUUCUUUAUGUACUUUGCUGAAAAUACUAUUUGUACUUUUACAGAUGUCAGUAUGAUAUCUAUAUCUCAUACAAAACAUGAAUGAAUAUUUAUAUGAAAAAAGUUAUAUGUAACUAUUCGUUGAAAUAAAAUUUACGGGUUUCUUUACGCUUAGAAUUCAAAAACAAACAUUACAUU